AUGUCGAACCGUACGUUUAAUCUUCUCUGGACGGGAGCUCAGAAAGACCUAGAGAAGCUCGCCGUGAACGAUUUUGAGUAUCAGGCGAUCGAGGCACAGCAUGAUCGAGGUGAAAUCCAGGGCCAGGUGUACGAGUUGUACCUACGCUAUUUGGUGAUAUCGAACCGGUUGGAGGAAAUUUACGACCAGAUCGUGCAACCGCAGAAGCGCAUCCUGAUUCGGAAGCUGCUGGACAAUUGUCUCGGCCGAAUGCUGGAGCUGAAGCACGAUCUCGUUAUUAUCGAUAUGACCGAGUUCAGCUACAACGAUGCGGUGGUUGAGAAGUUGGGACUCACGCCGCUAAGCAUGGAGGUGAAUGUGCCGCGCUACUUCCGGCGGGAGCGUGAGGAGCAGCUGAAUGAAAGGAAAAAGUUCAUGGACGACAUACUGAAGAAAAUCGGUGCACUCGACGAGGAAGUGGUGGAGGAGGAGCUGAGCGAGCUGGAAGCGAUUCGGAUCAUCCAGACGCACGAACGGGCGCGCCAGGGUCGGCUUCGGGCUCAAUUUAUGAAGGAGUUGAAGAUCCUGAAGGAAAAGGGCAAACCGGACAGCAGUCGGGACAAGUCGACGACGGGUUUGAAUGCGGCCAUGAAGAUCCAGAAGGUGUGGCGUGGGUACGCCACCCGCCGCCAGACGCGUCGCAAGAAGAUGGAGGAGAUGAUCUUGAUCGGGAUGGUACCGCCACCGGUUACGUCAGCCCGGACGGCCGUCGACGAGCUGGAGGAUCUGAAGCAGUUCCGCUACAAACAGCAGAAGAUGUUCCAGGAGGACUACGAUCGGUCGCUGGUGCGCGUGAAGGAGGAGAUCAGUGUGAAGCAGGGUGCGGCCAUGACGGAGGACAUUGCCGAUGAAAUCCGGACGUGGUUCAAAGAGUACCAGAAGCGCACCGGCCGGUUGCCCGACUUUCCAUCGGAAGAGGCCGGUGGCUCGAGGCAUUUGCUGAGCCGGCAGGGAACGGAGAGCGAAAUGAGCCGCUCUUCGGUGAUGUCCUCGCGUGAGUCGAAACUGAAGGGUGGUGGGAAGGAGAAGCUAGCACAGAAGAAACCGGGCGAGCUGUCGCUCGAGGAGGGUCUGGACAAGGCCUUCAAACCGAUGCAGUCUUCGUUCCUGCCGGAGAUCAAGAGUGGCAUCGAGGAGUACACAGAGGUGUGGAAGGGAAAGGACGAGUCGCAGAACCUCCGGCAGACGUACUACGACGAUAUGAUCUACGAGGAGAAGUAUGCCGACGUGGAGGCGGAACUGCGCAAGAUUGUGGAUGAAAUUAUGCGUCAGGAGUUGGAGCUUUUGCAGAUAGCGCUGGAGCGGGAUCGCGGUGGGAAGAAGCUGAAGAAGAGCAGCAAGAAGGCUCGCCGAAGUGGAAAGAAGGGUAAGAAAAAGAAGGACAAGGAUCUAACACCCGAUCGGACGACGGAGUCCCUGUUCGAGGAGCUCGUCACGAACGGCAUUAUCAAGAAGUACCCGGAGACGCCGAUCAAGUCGUACGUGGGUGAUCUAAGCUACGCGGCCCGUAGCGCACUCAAUCCAUCGCCCGGGGACGUGAGGCAGCUGAUCAAGCAGUAUUGCAUCCUCCCACUCGGUUCGGAGACGAUCAGAAACUUUGGGCCGUGCAUUAAAUCGCUACUGAUCGCCGGUCCAAAGGGCUCCGGUAAAACGUCCCUGGUGCAUGCGAUUUGCACCGAAACGGGCUCCGUACUGUUUGACAUCAGCCCACCGAACAUCGUCGGCAAGUACCCGGGCAAAUCGGGCCUCAUUAUGCUGAUGCACCUGAUUUCGAAGGUUUCGCGCCUCCUCCAGCCGUCGGUGAUUUACUUCGGCGAUGCGGAAAAGCCGUUCAUGAAGAAGAUUCCCAAAACGGACCGCACGGACCCGAAGCGGCUGAAGAAGGACUUGCCGAAGCUAGUAAAAAACAUUCAACCAGAGGACCGCAUCAUGCUCAUCGGCACGUCCGACUGCCCCUGGGAGGCCGACAUGAAGCUGAUCGUGCAGACUUACCAGCGCUUUAUCUACAUCCCCCGGCCGGACUAUGGGGCGUUGUCGUACGCCUGGAAGGAACUGCUCAGCCACUACAGUGGUGUUCACCGGCAGUUCGAUACCGGUGCGAUGGCAAAGAUUUCCGACGGCUACACGAUCGGCUCGGUGGUGCGCUGCAUCCGGGAGGUGAUCACCUGCAAGCGCAUGCUUCAGCUGCGCGUUCAUCCACUAACGCAUCUGGAGCUUAUCAACGCUUUGAGUGCACUCGAGCCGGUCUACAAGGAGGAAGAGGAGGCCUUCCUGUACUGGUGGUGCAAGACCCCGCUCGGACGGCGACGCUCGAAACAGAUGGAGAAAGACCACGAAGCGAUGAUGGAGAUGGAAAAUGUGCCGAAAAAGAAAAAAUAA